AUGUCGACUUCCACCGCUUUCGCGGGCUCGUGGAAGUCUCUUUCCAUUCCCCUUACAUCAUGGCUGCUGGAUGUCGUUCAAUCAAUGGGGCACACGCAGAUGACACCGGUUCAAGCUUCGACUAUUCCACUUUUCAUGAUGCACAAGGACGUUGUGGUUGAAGCCGUCACUGGUUCGGGAAAAACCCUUGCAUUUGUGAUACCAAUCCUCGAGCGUUUGAUCCGGAGAGAAACAAAACUUAGGCGUGACGAGAUCGGAGCUCUAGUUAUUACUCCAACACGAGAAUUGGCCACACAAAUACACUCCAUUUUCGCUCUGUUUCUUUCCGCCCAACCCAAGGAGUCUUGUUCCCAACCCGAUGGACAACCGACAGAACCAUUCUAUCCCCCACCUCUCCUUCUUGUUUCCUCAGAUCAUUCUUCGCCAGCACAAGACCUUGAAAGGUUUUUUUUGACUGGCGCAGAUAUCAUAGUCGGCACCCCAGGACGGGUUGAAGAGUUUCUUCUUGGGAAAGGAAGAUCUUCAGUGAAUAUCAAGGAAUUAGAAGUAUUGGUUCUAGAUGAAGCUGAUAGGUUGCUCGAUUUAGGUUUUCAGGCCGCAAUAACGCGCAUAAUAACAUAUCUUCCAAAGCAAAGGCGUACAGGUCUCUUUAGUGCCACUAUGACAGAUGCCGAUGCUUUGUCUGAGUUGGUCCGUGUAGGACUUCGUAAUCCUGCCCGAAUAGUCGUCAAAAGGAGGACACCAGCAAGGUCAGCGUCUUCCUCCAUAAAAACGCAGAAUAUCUACUUACUUUUUUCCAGCUUGCAAAACCAUUAUAUCAAAUGUCGAUCAUCCGAAAAGUUGCUCCAACUCGUCAGAAUUAUCUCACACGAGGUAUCGCAACAGCAGUCCUCUCACUUCAUCAUCUACUUUGCUACAUGUGCUUGUGUAGAUUACUUUUUCAAGCUGUUACCUCUGUUUACCGCACCCUCAAUAACAUACUAUUCACUACAUGGCAAUCUUACUCCCUCUGUGAGAACAAAAACGCUGGCGGCCUUCUCUUCUGCGAUACCAACUUCUUUGUCACCCUCUGUGCUGCUUGCUACCGACGUCGCUGCUCGUGGUUUGGACCUUCCCAAUGUUGAUGUUGUCAUUCAGUUUGACCCGCCAACGGACCCUAAAGCGUUUUCACAUCGAUGUGGCAGGACAGCUAGAGCAGGAAAGAGUGGAAGAGCUUGGGUUUUACUCGUUGGACGAGAGUCGGAAUAUAUUGGUUGGAUCCAUUUGUCUCUCUCCAGAAAAUUGCGCCGGUCUCACGACAUUUCAGAUUUUUUACGCAUACGUAAAAUACCCCUGAAAGAAAGGAGUUAUCUCACUGCUUUUGUCUCGUUUAUUCGAGCUUAUUCCAAGCACGAGGCAUCUUACAUCUUCAGGCUCAAAGAUCUUGACUUGCUUGGUGUGGCGAAGAGUUUUGGACUGUUGCGCCUUCCAAAAAUGCCUGAAUUGAAAGAAGUCGAUCGCACGGCAUGGACGGAAGCCGAUGUCAAUUGGGAAACAUUUUCGUACGCCAAUCAAGCACAAGAGACGAAAAGGCUAGCCCUCGCUGAGGUUAAGAGAGCCGACCGACAUCAACAAAAACAGUCUGAACCAAAAGCGAAGAAGUCAAACCUUGCGUGGAGCGAUAAAACGCAACGAAAGGUGGAACGAGAGAGGCGAAAGGACAAGAGGGCCAAGAAAAACAUAUAUAAAUCACAGGGUUCAGCUGGUAAUACUACUGAUACACUGAAACGGGAAAGGGAAGUCCCGACAGAUGGUGGUGAAGAGAUCAGUGCGGAAGAUUGGAAUGAGAUGUUAAGGGAAGAAAGGAUGGCAAAGAGGGUUCGCAAAGGUGAUAUCUCUCAAGAGGCUUUCGACGCAGAAUUCGGGGACAUCUAA